AUGGUUGUAAAACUACAAAACACAAGCGCAAAAUACUAUGAAUUAUCAUCCUUGUAGAUAGAGCUCCAACACAAACAAAGCAUGCCAAUUCAAUCCUUCCCUCUUCACCUUCACUUCUUCCACCAAAUAUGCUAAACCCUCCCAAAACCCCACCCCCUUUUUCUCCCAUCACUCCAAACUCCUCAUAUUCCAGGAAAUUCCACUCGUCGAGUCUGACGAUAGUAGAAUGGACACAUAAAAGAGACACCACAACAUAUCCCGUAAAAUCCCACUUGUGUGGUCUGACGAGAAUAAAGUACACACAGACCUUAUCAAUUAAAUCCUCAAUUUCUCCUAAACCCACAAAAACCACCAUUCCCACAACUGACUGUGGACUCAAAUUCAGAGAAAAACUCCUCUACCUUGAACAACUCAAAAUCAACCCCACAAAAGCCCUUCAACAAAACCCAAAUCUCCGUUCAGCACAUCUUGAAACAAUCAAAUCCGUUGAAAUUUGCCUCAAUUCAAUGGGAAUUGAACGUUCGGCAAUUGGUCGAAUACUUGAUAUGCAUCCCAAACUCUUAACUUCCGAUCCUUAUACUGAUCUUUACCCGAUUUUCGACUUCUUGUUAAACGAAGUUGCAAUACCUUUCAACGACAUUCGUAGAUGUAUUAUCCGUUGUCCAAGAAUCUUGGUGUCUAGUGUUGAAAAACAACUGAACCCCACAUUUCAGUUCUUGAAAGAAUUUGGAUUUUCAGGUUCGAAUAGUAUUACUUGUCAAACUGCUGUACUGCUUGUAUAUAGUGUUGAGCAUACGUUGACCCCGAAAAUUGAUUACUUGGUUAGUUUAGGAAUUGCACGUAAUAAUGUGGUUAGUAUGAUACUGAGAUCACCUGGAUUGUUGACAUUUAGUAUUGAGAAGAAUUUUAAGCCGAAAGUUGAGUAUUUGUUGAAGGAAAUGGAUAGGGAUGUAGGGGAGUUGAAGAAGUUUCCGCAGUAUUUUUCGUUUAGUUUGGAAGGGAAGAUUAAGCCCAGGCAUAAGCUUUUGGUGGAGCAUGGGUUUACGAUGUCUUUAUCGGAGAUGUUGAAGGUUAGUGAUGGGGAAUUCUAUGCCAGAUUGAUUGAAAUGCGAUUGCGGUUAGUGGAGAACAAGCAAUUGUUGUAUGUUAAAUUGGGGACGUGCUUUGUUCCUUAGCAUUAUCUGUCAAGUCUAUCUUGAUGCAAAGGGUUGCCAAGAAAUAUGUAGACCAUUUUUUAAUGUUGAAACUUGUUGACUUAUUUAAAUCGAUGGACCCAAGAAAAAGAGUACUUGAAAUCAAUGUUGCAUCGUCAUUGUGGGAAGUUCAUGAUGCACUUACCUUUUAUCAGAAAAGCUGUAAGGAAUAUUUUUUAGCAUUUUGCUUUUGGCAGCAAAUUAUUAGCUUUUACAGAUUUGUCUGACAUGUAUGAUCAUACAGCUUUUGAAGAAGUCUAAUUUAUGCAUUUUCUUAUUUUAGUUUAAUCAUACAAGGUAAAGCUUCAUUUUACACAUGAUUAAUUCUUGGAGAAUCUGCAGAAUGUCCUCAUUCGUGAACAGAAAGCACUAAAAGAUCACAUCAUUUAUAAAAAGAAGAUACAUACGUGGACGCAUAAAGAUGUCAUGUCCUUUAUUGCACAUAAGGGUAAUGUCACGAAGCAGCAGAACAAUUAUAAGAACGACCUCACCAUAAUGAUGACAAUAUCUGUACAUGCGCCAUUUGUAUCCACAAGCAGACCCUCAGUUGAACCUGGAGUAUUGUAAAUAAUAUUGGUAUCUAAAGGUAAAUUUCUUAAACGGUGAUCAGAAUAAUUAGCAUAUCAAAGUUUCUUGGAGAACAAGUUUCUGUUCAAAAAUAAAUGUGAUGUUAUUUUACCUCAAUUGCGUCACAAUUUUUCCGAAUUACAAUUUUUCUAUGCUCAAGAAGUGAACCUUAUAUAUUUCUUCAAGGAAUUCUGAAGAGCCAUCACUAUUCUUUCCGAGAAUAAUCCACUGAUUGCAACAAAGGGUGAAAUCAGAAAGCAAUGCAAUCUUGCCAACAAGCUUCACUAAGGAACCUGCUUUUGCUAUGUGCUUGUAUUCAUUAUCACUUUUUCACUUUGUAUAUAUAUGAGGAAGGUAGUGGACAAUGAAUAAUGAUAGUAAUAAGAUGGUUUUCUCACAGUUGUUUCAUUACAUUUCACGUUUUGUUUGUUCGGAAAAAAGAUCGUUGACAUUUAGCAGACUUUGCGUUCAUACAAACUACUAACUUUGAACUAGCUGACUGAAGUUGCUACUUCUCCAUCCUUGUUCUGUAGCCUUACAAUAGUGUUCACUUAUGGGAUGACUCCUAAUGGGUGCUAUGAUAAUUUCUUCAGCUUUUCAAGCAAUUCUUGGAUACAAUGGGCUGAUGUCAGUAUUAGUAUGGUAAGAAAUUCUUGUCCAACAUCUGUAUGUAUUCUUCUAUGUUGUCUUGACCUACGUUGCACGAACUCUUCACUUUUGAUGCCGCACCCACGUCGGAUUCUCCAAAAAUACACUACUUUUUGAGAAUCCGACGCGCACCCGCUGACAAUUUUGGGACCUCCCUCCAGCCAUGAGAGCUUUAAUUGAACUGUGUUGGGCUUUGCAACCUGAAAAGAGACCUGAGUUUUGGCAGAUUGUGAAGGUACUGGAGCAGUUUGAAUCAUCAGUCGCUCAUGAUGGAACUCUGAAUCUUGUUCAGAAGUCAAUUUGUCAAGAUCACAAGAAAGGGCUCCAUCAUUGAAUCCAAAAGCUUGGUCAUGUAUAUCAAACUGCUUCAUUACAUCAAAAUGUUUCAUCAAUGCCCAUGCCAAAACCUAGAUUUGCUUGAAAUUUCUGGAUGAUCUGACUUUAAUAGUUUUACCAGGUCUCUGUGUAAUUAAACUGCUUUUGGUUACAUACCGUUGUAUAUCUCUGUUCCAUUAUUAAUCCAAUGUGAAUUAUUAGACUGUAGGUGUGCAUUGAUGUGGCCUCUGUCAUUUUACCUGAUUGGUACACAAAGUAUGAUCAUUAAUUCUUGAAUGCAAGUGCCAUCUGUAAGGGCUUGUUAUAGCCUUUGUAAUUUUGUAUGAUGGGUACACAAAAUAUGAUCAUCAGAUUUUGGAUGCAAACGCCAUAUGUAAGGCUAGGUUAAGCUGAAUGGAAUAAACUCUGCACUUUUAAGUGGUAUAUUAUAUACUUGUUAAACAAAGUUAACCAUUGCUAAUAAAGAUAUAGUGCAUCAAUUGAAAAGAGGAGUUGAUAUCGUCGUAGGUACUCCUGGAAGAGUUAAGGUAGUGUAUAAAUGGUCUUAUAUUUGGUGAUUCUGGAAUAUUCGUUGUUGUUAUGUUUUCAUACUUCAGAGAUUUUAGAUUCACUCCUUGCAAAUUUGCUGCAGGACCACAUCGAAAGAGGAAAUAUUGAUUUCAGGUCUCUACAGUUCCGUGUUCUUGAUGAAGUUGAUGAAAUGUUGAAAAUUGGUUUUGUUGAUGAUGUUAAAUUUAUAUUAGGCCCGAGGUAGAGGAUGCAAGCCAAGUUCAAAUACUUCUUUUCAGUGCCACUUUGCCAAGCUGGGUGAAGCAUAUAUCUUCAAAGUUUCUCAAACCUGAUAAGAAAACAGUUGAUCUUGUUGGUGAUGAGAAAAUGAAGGCCAGUAAGAAUGUGAGGCAUAUUAUUAUACGCAGAGGCGGAGCCAGUAUUUCAAGCAAGGGGGUUCAAUAUUCAAAGAAAACUAAGUCGAAGGGGGUUCAACACCUACUAUAACCACAUAAAAAGUAAUUUUAAUCAUGCAUUAAUAGUAUAUUUUCCCAUCGAAGGGGGUUCGGACGAACCCCCUAAAGAGGGCUAGCUCUGCCUCUGAUUAUACAAUGCUCUGGUUCAGCCAGAUCUCAGCUGAUUCCUGAUAUCCUUCUCUGCUACAGCAGUGGUGGACGCACAAUUAUUUUCACUGAGACAAGGGGUUAUGCUUCGGAGCUAGCUGGCAUAUUGCCUUGGGGCACGUGCUUUGCAUGGAGAGAUUCAACAGCCCCAGCGUGAGAUCACACUUUCUGGAUUCAGAUCAGGAAAAUUCUUGACAUUAGUGGCCACAAAUGUAGCAGCCCUUGGAUUGGAUAUUGAUAACGUCCAGUUAAUUAUUCAGUGUGAGCCGCCACGCGAUGUUGAAGCGUAUACUCAUCGCUCUGGUAGGACAGGACUAGCAGGAAAUACCAGUGUUGCUGUAAUGCUUUACGAUCCUAAGUCCAACAUUCACUACAAGAAAAAGGUCUAUUUAAGACCAACAUUUAGGGACGAGCCAAUAAUUUGGUCGCUAAAAGUAUGACCAACAUUUAGGGACGAGCCAAUAAUUUGGUCGCUAAAAGUAUACUUAUUAGGACGAGAUUAAAUUUGAUCAAGUCCAUUUCCCAAGCUAUGGGACAGGGAAUCCAAAUCGAAAUGAGCGAUGUAAAGAUAUGCCAGUUGAUCCUACCUCAAUCCCAAAAGUUAAGUUUGUGACGGAGGGAUUGUACAAGUAUAAUUAAGCAGACCACCAGUCCUUCCCUAACUAAUGUGGAACGCGAACCCACUCUAUCGGUUAUUGUUGUUGUCUAAGAUGUGGGUGUGGAUAAAUUGUCAGAGUUUUAGCACAUUAUGAUCUUGUAUUAACAUGGAUGAAGUUCUCUAAACAUCCACAUAUGCAUUUUAUUCAUCAGAGUUGCUCAGCCUGUUACUCAA